UGUGGGCACUUCUGUGUGGGCCCAGGUCUCCCACACACCAGUCGAUCAGUCGGUCACAUCCCCCCAGUGAGGGCACCUGGAUCAAAGCCAUCAGGUGUGGCUGGAUCCACUUUCUUUCUCUCCCCAGGAGCAAACCCUGAUGCGUGGGCUAAGAAUCUGCAGGAACAAGACUUUGAGUUGCUGUGCCCCGAUGGCACCAGGAAGCCUGUGGCCGAUGCUCAAAACUGCUACCUGGCCCGAGGCCCGAAUCAUGCUGUGGUCUCACGGGAAGAUAAGGCAGCUUGUGUUAAGAAAGUAUUACACAACCAGCAGGUUGAGUAUGGAAGAAGUGUAACAGACUGUUCGAGAAAGUUUUGUUUGUUCCAGUCUGAAACCAAGGACCUUCUGUUCAGGGAUGACACAGUAUGUUUGGCCAAACUUCCAGACAAAACCACAUAUGAAAAAUAUUUAGGAGCGGAGUAUGUUGAGGCCGUCGGUAACCUGAAAAAAUGCUCAACUUCACGACUCCUGGAAGCCUGCACUUUCCACAAAGUCUAAAAUCCAAGAGGUGGAGCUACCACCCAGAUGGAGAUGGGAGCUCAAAAGACCCACAGGCUCCCCCUGGUCUCGCUGGCCAGAGUGGUUUGUGUUAACCAUGUCCAUUUUCACAGCUCUGUGUUGCCAUGUGCACAGACACAAAAUAAAAAUUAUUGAUUUUAUAUUUCAAAAA